UGACAGUGAGGAAUUUCCAUUUAUUUAAUUUUUUCCAUUUUUUUUUAAGGAUUUAGGGCUUUACAUUCAUCUCUCUUCUCUUCACUUGAGAGCUUAUCUUUUUUAUUUAUUUUUCCCUUCAAUAUUCCUCACCCCUCUGUGGAAUGUGAAGGAGGAUAUUUGAUUCAAUUACCAAACUUGUAGCUAUUAUUCCGGAGUGAUUGUCGGAUAAAUAUUGCAUUUUAUUUUUGAUUUUAUCUCAGUGUUUUGAGCUUCAUUUAGUAUAGAUUUGAGACUGGUUUGGGUUUUACUCAAAAUUAUCUGAAAAAAAUGAAGAAUUGAACUUCAUUUCUGUGAGUUUAACAGUUUAGUGGAAGUAAAUAGUGAUCUUUGGUAUUUGUGCAGCAAAUGGGGAUGAUUUAAUGGAAGUUUUUAGGGUUUUCUGAUUCUUCUGUUUGAUUUUGGGGUUCAAGAAGGUUGAAGCAGAAUCACAUUUCUGGUUUCAGAAGCAGAGAUUUUUGGUUUUUUUUUUCUUCUUGUUAACACUGUUGAGAGUGUUCUGAUUUCUCGGCUUUACCCAAGACCAGGUAUUUUCACAACUUUUACUUUAUUAGUCCAAAAAAAGAAGAAAAAUUUGGAGAUAAGAAUCAGAAGUUUAAGACUAAUGAGGAACAAUUAGGGUUUGGGUUUUUGAUUGAGAGAUGAAAUGAGUGAAAAAGAAUCAACUUUUGUUCUUUAUUUGUACUCAUUGAAAUAAUUCUUCUUUUUUCUGAAGGGGGGAUAUUAAAGGGGAAAAGACUCUCUAGGUUUAUUAGGUUUACAACGGUUGAAAGCUUUAUACUAAGAGAUCUUUUCUUUUUACUUGAGAUAUCCGUUGAUUGGUUUCAUUUACAGAGGGAUUUUACUUUACUGAGAUCUGAUUUUUCAACAUCAUGAUGUUUGAGAAGAGUAAUCAGUAAGCAUUCUCUGGUUAAAUUGAUUGUUUUGGUUGAAUCUACUGUUGAAAGAAGUUCUUCUUCUUCUUCUUCUUCCAUUGAUGUUAUCAGUGAAAAUUCAAGCUCAAUCUUCUGAAUCACCUAGUACUUCUGUAAGAUCACUUGAUAGGCUUCUUCAAGAUUAUGCUUAUAGAGCUUUUAUUAACCCUAAAACAGGUCUUCCGUAUGAUGGAGAAGUUCCUUCGAAUUUGACUGGUAUUAAGAUUUCUGCAUUGAGACUCAGAAGUGGAAGUUUGUAUAAAAGAGGUGUUGAUAACUAUAAGGAAUUCGAAAUCCCUGUUGGUGUGACUGAGAAACCUUAUGCUGAGAGACUUGUUCUGGUUUAUCAAAACUUGGGUAAUUGGUCUUUAAGUUAUUAUCCGUUACCUGGUUAUACAUUUCUAGCUCCAGUUUUGGGUCUUCUUGCUUACGAUGCGAGAAAUCUAACUGCAACGAAUUUGCCUGAAUUGAAUCUAACUGCUUCAGAUAAACCCAUUUUGAUUAAGUUUCAAGAUGUGAAAUCAGUUCCAGUUGGAUCAACUCCGAAGUGUGUUUCCUUUGAUUUACAAGGUUCGCCAAUGUUCAGCAAUGCAGUAUCAGAAAAUGUAUGUUCCACAUUUACACAAGGGCAUUUCUCUAUUGUGAUUGCAUCAGGUGCUCCAGCUCCGGCACCUGUAACUCCGUCUCCUACCAGGCCAAAGAUUGGUGGAGGGAAGAAAAACAACAGCAGAAUUUGGAAGAUUGUUGGUUCUGUGAUUGGUGGAGUAGCUUUGUUAGUUCUGUUAUGUUUUUUGGUAACUUGCAUAAGCAGAUAUAACAAAAGGAAGAAGAUUCAGCAAAUGGAAACUGCGGCCGAAGUUGGGGAAGCACUGCACAUGACAUCGAUUAGGGAUACAAGGGCACCAACAGCAAUGGGAACAAGAACGCAACCAGUUCUCGAACAUGAGUACGUCCCUUAGAUUAUCAGCAGCAUUGCAUAAUGUGGGAACAAGAACACGGCCAGUCCUCAAGCAAAGUACGUUCCUUUGAAUUUUGAUUUGUAAAUGCAAACCCCACCAUUCUUCGUUAUCAUUUUAGUUUACCCACAUUCAUAUUCUUAGUUCAAUCAAUGAUUUUAACAUAUAUUUCUUCUUAGUUAUGUUCUCCUCCUAUCUAUGUUGAUUAGUUGUUUUGCUUGAAUCGUUAGUGUGAAGUGUGUAAUUUCAAAAACUAUCAAAUGUGGAUAUAAUAUCUCGACUCAUUAGAAUGAAAUGUAUAAUGAGUGUACAGUGAAAACUGAUUCAGUCCAUCCAAUCUUAUGAAUGUCGUCAAAUAUACAUUCUGCUUAGUGGUUGUCAUGAUUUUGAUUUAUUCAUCUUAUUUUAGUGUUUGUGUCGGUUGAUUUAUAUACACAUUAUCUACAUGCUGACUGCUGAGCACCA